AUGGCAAGGCUAUUAAGUUCAUCUUCCACACUCUUUUUUGUCCUAUUUCAUAUGGGAUUUAUUGUAUUGGCCUCAAAUGUCAAAGCAAGUACCGCUUUUGGCUUCACAAAUAAGACAGACAGACAAGCCUUGCUAGCCAUCAAGGAUCAAAUUCUCGAGGACCCCUACAGGGUCCUUAGUUCAUGGAAUGAUUCUGUCCACUUCUGUAAUUGGCAAGGAGUUACUUGUAGUCAUCGGCAUCAGAGAGUGACCAUUUUAAACUUGUCAUCCAAAAACUUUGUGGGUUCCAUUUCUCCUCAUAUAGGAAACCUUACCUUUCUUAGAGGCAUCUAUCUCCAAAAUAACAGCUUCCAUGGCACCAUUCCCCCAGAAAUUGGUCGAUUGUCGCGAUUGCAACAGCUUUGGAUUAACAUAAACUCUUUCCAAGGUGAGUUCCCUACCAAUCUGACUUCUUGCUUAAACCUACGAGUCAUCAACAUAUCCAAAAACAAUCUAGGAGGAAAAAUUCCUAGCAAGCUAGGCUCAUUGUCUAAUCUCUUCGGAUUGAAUCUUUUCAUGAAUCAUUUCACUGGCAAUAUCCCACCUUCACUUGGGAAUCUCUCUGCACUUCGUAUACUUAAUCUAAACAAAAACAAUCUGGAGGGAAGCAUUCCUUUCGAGUUUGGACAGCUUUUAAACUUACAGAUUCUUCAAUUGUCUACUAACAAUUUGUCUGGUGUCGUUCCUAUCCCACUAUACAAUAUCUCAUCCAUCAUAUUCUUUGUCCUAGCUUUGAACCAAUUACAUGGAAGUCUCCCUCCAGAUUUGGGGUUGACCCUUCCAAACUUGCAACAAAUUUUAUUGGGAAUUAACCAAUUCUCUGGGACUAUUCCUCCAUCACUAGUCAAUGCUUCAAGAAUUAUAAGUAUUGAUAUUUUUAGAAAUGCCUUUACUGGUCCUGUGCCAAUGAAUUUGGGAAGCCUUCUUUAUCUAGAUUGGCUUGACUUUGGAGUUAACACACUUGGAACUAAUCAAGACAACGACUUGAGUUUCAUCAAUUCUUUAGUCAAUCGUACAAAUCUAAGAAGUCUGAUUUUAAGUGACAACAAUUUCCGAUGUCAAUUGCCCAAUUCCAUUGGAAAUUUAUCUAGCAAGCUUACCACACUGAGUGUGUCAAACAACAGUAUAUAUGGAAUCAUCCCAGAGGGGAUUGGGAAUCUCAUUAAUUUAGAGAGUUUAGGAUUAGCUGAGAACAUGUUCACAGGCAGCAUUCCUAGAUACAUUGGUAAACUCUCCAAGUUGAUACAACUCUUCCUUCCAGAAAAUAACAUUUCUGGAAAAAUUCCAACAUCAAUUGGGAACAUUUCUCGAUUAAGUUUUCUUUCCAUAUCAGUGGAUAUGCUGGAGGGAAGCAUACCAGUUUCUUUGGGUGACUGCAAAGACCUACAAGCAUUAGAUCUUGGAUAUAAUCGUCUCACAGGGCAAAUACCACUACAAGUUCUUGAUCUCUCUUCCCUUUCAAUUGUUCUUGUCUUGCGUCAUAAUCAUCUAACUGGGCCACUACCACCACAAGUAGGUAACCUGAAAAAUCUAGCAGUGUUGGAUAUUUCGGGAAACAAGCUGUCAGGUGAAAUCCCAAGCACACUUGGAGAUUGUCUAGUUUUGCAGCUCUUGCUUAUGGAUGGUAACCUUUUUGAAGGCACGCUUCCAUCAUCUCUGAAGCAAUUAAGAGGUAUUGAUGUUCUAGAUCUUUCUCGUAAUAAUUUUUCCGGGGAGAUUCCAAGCUUUCUAGGCGAGUUCCCAUUCAUUCAGAAUCUCAACCUUUCAUAUAAUUCAUUCGAGGGUGUAGUUCCAUCUGAAGGGGUGUUCAUGAAUACUACUGUGUUUUCAAUUUUGGGAAAUAACAAGCUUUGUGGAGGAAUCAAGGCAUUGAAAUUGCCUGAAUGUCCUGCAAAAUUCUCUGAUAAAAAAGCAGAGUUAUCUGGUCAUGGAUUGAUAAUUAUUGUGAUCAGUAUCACUCUUUCUGUUGCAUUGUUAAUAGCAUGUGUUUGUGCUAUUCUUUGUCGAACCAAAAAGACAAAAGGAAGAUCCUAUUCAGACCUUCAGUUGGGAAAUUGGUAUCCAACACUCUCUUAUGCAGAACUUCUUCAAGCUACUAAUGGAUUCUCUACAUCCAACUUGAUUGGUCAGGGGAGAUAUGGUUCUGUUUAUAAAGGAAUUCUCAAACUUAGUGAACAAGAAGUUGCUGUGAAGGUACUCAACCUCCAACAACGUGGAGCCGACAAGAGUUUUUUGGCUGAAUGUGAAACAAUGAAGAACAUUCGCCACCGCAAUCUUCUCAAGAUCAUCACAUCUUGCUCGAGCAUAUGUUUCAAAGGAAACGAUUUCAAGGCCUUGGUCUUUGAGUUCAUGCCAAAUGGAAGUUUAGAGAGCUGGUUACAUCCAAAUUUUUCUGAGCAACAAAAUUCGAAGUACUUGGAUCUAAUCGCAAGGCUAAACAUUGCCAUCGAUGUGGCGUCUGCAUUAGAUUAUCUUCACCAUCAUUGUGGAAGAACAAUCAUUCAUUGUGAUUUAAAGCCAAGCAAUGUUCUUCUUGACAAGGAACUAUGUGCCCAUGUAGGCGAUUUUGGCCUGGCGAGAUCUUUUCUAACUACCGAUGAAUAUGGUAUGGGCGCAAAUGUUUCAACACAAGGAGAUGUGUACAGCUUUGGGAUCCUUUUACUAGAGAUGUUUACUGGAAAAAAUCCAACCAACAGCAUGUUUACAAACAAUUUAAGUCCUCAUAACUAUGCUAAGACGGCACUUCCAGAUAGAGUGAUGGCGAUUACUGACUCUGAACUCAGAUCAGGAUUUGUAGCUGCUUCUAUAAGGACAAGCCAAUGCAACAUUGUUAGAUUAGAGGAGUGCUUGGUGUCAAUCUUUCAAAUUGGAGUAAUAUGUUCUGCUGAAUUGGCAAGUGAAAGGAUGGAUAUUAGGGAUGUUCUCUUGGAACUCCACAUGAUUAGAAAUUUGUUUUUGCAGAAGGAAGAGAGGGUGUGA